AUGUUGCCUGUGAAAUCCCUUGUUCGUUUCAAAUGUGUCUAUAAGUCAUGGCUUUGUCUCCUUUCUGAUCCACACUUUGCAAUAUCACAUUUUCAACGAAUUACCGCAAGCGCUAACAGACUUAUGUUCAUAGUACCUCCUGCUCUUGAAAUUCAAUCCAUAGAUUUUAAUGCAUCCCUUCACGAUGAUUCUUCAUGUUCUGUAUUAAACCUUAACUUUCUACCUCCCAAUAGUUAUCAUAAUGUUCAGAUCAUGGGUUCCUAUUGGGGGUUUUUACUUCUGAACUGUUGUCAAAGUCUCUGGGUGUGGAAUCCAUCAACCGGUGUCCAUAGAAAAUUAUCAUUGAGUGGUUCAUGA